CUUAUCGCCACUCACUGGAAGCACGACUCGAUCCUCUUUGCUUCAACAGACAGGCUCGAGCUCAGUCCAGGGAAUGCUAGAUCUGACACGGGAAGAAUAAGGAACAAUACCUUCCCUUCUUGACGCCGAUGCGCACUUCGAAAGCGCACGUCUUGGAUUGAAAGGUUCAUCACACUUAGAACGGUGAUCAUACCACUGGCUAGUGUGUUUAAUUGUUGGUUUCAGGCUACUUUGUAAGUGAAAUUGAAAGAAUACACCGGCAACACAAUACAUAUUGAAUAGAUGUGCUUUGACAGAGCUUGAUCAACAGGUGUGAAGGCAGCAGAACACGGAGUAUCGGCGCCCUGAACCUGCACUCCUUACCAGCGAGUAUUACUGUAGCCUCAAAAGUUGGCAAAAUACUGCGAGAGGGUCAGAGACAAAGGAGGAAAACAAAACAAAAAGCCGAUCGGCAUUUAUAAAGAAAAAGAAGUGAUAGAGAGAAAGAGAGAGAGGGAGGGACAGAGAGAGAGAGAGGAAGAGAGAGAGGGACAACCCUUGGAGAAUAGCAGAAGACCCGGCCCCCGGCCUGAGUGUAAGAGAGAGAGAGGGCGAGGGAGCGUUUUAAAGCCGGCACAGGCAUGAUGUCCUACAUUAAGCAGCCUCAUUACGCCGUGAACGGGUUAACUCUGUCUGGUCCUGGCAUGGAUCUACUACACUCUGCCGUCGGAUACCCAAACAUCCCCAGAAAGCAGCGUCGGGAAAGGACCACGUUUACGCGCGCGCAGUUAGACAUCUUGGAGGCACUGUUUUCCAAAACGCGCUACCCCGACAUCUUCAUGAGGGAAGAAGUGGCCCUCAAGAUCAACCUACCAGAGUCUCGUGUACAGGUAUGGUUCAAGAACCGCCGUGCUAAAUGCCGCCAGCAGGCGCAGCAAAGCACGGGCCAGUCUAAACCUCGUCCACCCAAGAAGAAGGCCUCUCCAGCCCGAGAGGCCAACUCUGAGGCCAGUGUCAACACCAACGGGUCCUACAGUCCAGUACCCCCUCCCCUUGGCACCGCCAUCACCCCCAGCUCCAGCAGUGCCAACGCGACCGUGUCCAUUUGGAGCCCUGCCUCCAUCUCCCCGCUGCCAGACCCCCUGUCAGCCUCCACCACGCCCUGUAUGCAGCGCUCCUCUGCCUACCCCAUGACCUACACCCAGGCCCCGGCCUACACCCAGAGCUACGCAGGCUCGUCCUCCUACUUCACUGGCCUGGACUGCAGCUCCUACCUGUCUCCCAUGCACUCACAGCUCUCCGCCACCGGGGGCGCCCUCAGCCCCAUCACCUCCAUGGGCGGGCACCUCGGCCAGUCCCCUGCCUCUCUGUCUUCGCAGGGCUACACAGCCGCCUCGCUGGGUUUCGGGGCCGUCGACUGCCUGGACUACAAGGACCAAGCUGCCUCCUGGAAACUCAACUUCAACGCAGCUGACUGCCUGGACUACAAAGACCAGAACUCCUGGAAGUUCCAGGUCUUGUAGGUGGGAGGAGGUAAGGAAGGGACCAGCCAGGAGAAGCUCCCAUUCCACUCAGUGUUAAAGACUUGGACAAAUAGAUGGUCAACUAAUCAUUUCAGUCCAUGAACUCAAUGACUGAGAAAAUGUCAUUCUUUUUUGUGUUAUGGAAAGCAAUGUGGAAGCAGAUUCACAGAUGUUGGGCUUUGUGAUUUUCGGGAAGGUGACAAGAAAUGACAGACCACAUCAAUAUUGUUAAAUCAAUGAUAUCCAAUUAAUACAGCAUUAUCAACGUGAGGAUGCACAAUCAAUGGGACAUUGACAUAAUAAAGUUAGUCAUAUAGAAGUGAUGACAAACAAAUCGACGUGUAAAAAGAUAAUUGAGAUACUAAAAUUGAGAACUGAUUUUAAAAAGGAAUACAUACCACACGAUUGAAAGCAAUACCUGUAGAAUUAAAUUGUAUACAUUUAUAAUUUGAUGAUUACAUUUCUAAAAACAGCAUAAUUAACAAAGGUCCAUUCUUGUAUGCCAUAAUCAGGGUUUUGAGGACCAAAUGAAUAGAGAUUUGCAAUUUGAAGGCUGGAUGAAGUAUCAAUUUGAUGGAGAGAACGAACAAUUGAUUUAAAAAAAGGAAAAAAAGGAUAUUAAAUAUUGGUUGCAAUGGAUCCCAUUGGUCAGGUAGCUUAUAGUCAACCCCAAGUUGAUUUCUGAACAGAUCUGUUACUCCUUUAGUGGUCUUGUUGUGCUUAAUGGUAACUGAGAAUUAGAAAGGAAAAGUGGAAUUCCACCCCCAAGAUGGGUGGGCUGGCCUUGACUUUAGACCAAAUUGGAUUCAGUGGUUAUUUUUGUCAUUACUUCAGGACAAUUGAAAGUUGUGUACAUUGUAAUGAAGAAAAUGACUCUGCCUUGAAUUUGAUAUUGAACAAACAGAGGGAUUUCCAGCAAUAGGCGAAGCCUGACUCCAAUGGGGACAAUGUUGUUUUCUUUUUCCCUCUGUCAUUUGUUUAUGGUUUAUUUUUGUUAUGAAGCUGCUUUUCCUAUUUGGUGAAUUGAGAGAUCCUGGAGCCAAACAGACACACAGACAGACAGACACACAGACGUGCAUGGGUGUCUCCAUAAGCAAGAGGGGAUGGGUAAAGCAAGGAUAACCUUUGGUACUGUCAAGUAGAGACCAUAGGCUAUUGUUGUAUCAUUUUACCCAGUAGCUUUGAAGGGAGGGGACCCUCGGCAGACAGUGUGUUAGAGUGAAGGGGGGUAAAGGGGGGGGGAGCUGGGUUAGGGUGGUCGGGUCAGUAAUAGACCUCUUAAUCUUUGAGCACCAAUCAUGGAAUGAAUCACAUCUGGGCACAAGGCAUUCUGGGAUAUGCAAGGCUGACAAAUGUGUAGCCUUUGUGUUUUUAUCCCACUCUUUGUUUGUUGGGCGGGUGGGUGGUGGGGGGGUUUGAUGAUUACUUCACCAGUACUUAAAUACUACAUUUCCCCUUAAUGACUUAACUAACCCUGUUGCCGAAUAUACUGUUACAAUGAGAUAUUUGCAGGAGAGAAGACUCAACAGUAGAAAGGGAAGGGUCUGGGCAUGAUUGCGCUACCCUUGCACAGAAAGCAUGGAGCAUCUCUCAGUUGUUACCUGUAAAGGAGCGAGGGCUACCAUUUUGUGUUGAUGUAUCGUUUCAUCUUUUUGUAUUAGAGUAUAACAUAUUAUCUUUCUUUAAAUUUGUGAGUCCUUUGAAGUAAAAUUGUGGUAAUUUGUUUGAAGUUAAUAUGAUCAUUAUUACUAUAAUUAUUAUUAUUAUUAAUUCUAAAGCUAUUAUGAAUAUUGCUACUAUUCUGUUUAUUUUGUUAUUUUUGUAAAUAUUAAACUUGACUUGAAAAUGCAAUCAUGUCUGGUACCAACAAUGUGUUACACAGACACACCAUGGAAAUUUCUAGAAGACUGGCCAUUUUAAUUGUAUUUUUUUCUGUUUUCUGGUCUCUUCUUUUCUGAACAAUGUUUUUCAAACUCAGGGGUUUAUCCAAUAAAGUUAGUGGUGAUAGCAUACAAUGCUCUGUAUACUUCCUGAUCAUCCACAUUCAUUAUUUGCAUUCUAUGCUUUUAUUUCUGGUACGAAUGACUCCCCCUCUUUAGUAUUAGUAUAUCGGACAUAUCUCCUGUUUGUUUGCCCACCCCCGACUUCUACAUGGGAUAGCUAUUGAGUUUUAAGACAUUAAACAACUGAAGAAAA